AUGUCGUCGUCUCAGGAUCAACACUCAGACACCAUCAUAUCACCUGAACCAUCUUCCGAACCAGAUCCAAAACCUACUCAACUACAACUUGAUCCUUCGACUCUGAGUCAAGUCCUCACUGGUGCAAUCACCCUAGCUCAAACAGCGGGUUCAAGCGUUUCCAACAAAAAUAAGAAGUCGAAUUCAAAGAUGCCCCGUAAAUUGAAUGCAACUCGAGCAAAACCUCGCUCGCCUCGUAAGUCCAAAUCGAACAAGUCCAAAAAAACAAAAACCAACAAUGAAAGUGCUCAAAAUGAAGAUGAAAAAGUCAACAAGUCAUCACAGCACUGGGAUAAGGAUGAUAAUGGGCAGGGGAAAUCUUCAAUGUACUUAUUGAUCAAUUGGCUUACGGAGGAAGAGAAUUUUGGUAGAUUCAAAGAUAACAAAUCAGAAAAGAAAGGUGUGGCCGAAGAUAUUGAAAGGUACAUGAUUGAGAAUGGAAUCACUUGGCGUAGUGCGGAUAUUAUCAGAAAAAAGAUUGGCCGUGAAGAGGAAGCUUGGCGAGCAGCUGACGGUUUGCGUAACAAGACUGGUCAAGGAAGUUAUUUGUCAGCAACGGAAUUGAAGACUGCCAAGGGGUGGGCUGAUGAUGAUCCUGAAUGGCUUAAAGUAAAGAAGGUAGCAAUCGUUUCUGAUUUUGCUUCUGGCCUUCUUCUCAGCACCAAUCUUAAAGAAGUCGAAGUAUUAUUUUGA